AUGGGAGGUGAAGGUGACAUCCGAGUGGUCGACAAGAAUGAGAUUAAUCCUCUAAAGUUCAUUGAACAACGCGUGGCGUCUUCAUUUCCACAUCUUCUUGGCCCAAGAUUCACAACCAAGUACGCAACCGAACCCAACGAACUUUGCAUUAAGGAGUUUCUCGACAAUGAAGAUGUGACUCUGCUUGCAUUUUCGGGAGAUAACGUCGUUGCGUACAUCAAAAUGCCUGGUACACUGCCUCGAGGCAAAACUGUUUGCUUUACAAAGUUUCGCAAGACAACUAUCACGUCCAAGAACGUUUCAAUCGAUGUAAUGGUGAAUGAAAUCACUUCAAGUAGUAUCGAGUAUCUCGAGCGAAUGAUAGCUGAGAUUUAUCUACCACUUUUUUCAAACGUUGAAAAUCAAGAAGGGUGGGGAGAAGUUGCAUCGAAAGAAGUGGUGGAUAAAUUUCAUUCAUAUAUGGCAUCUGUGUCAAUCAUUAAUGGAGCAAUUAAAGGUGAGACGUGUCUCCCACUGCCACCAAUCGAUGAGAAGGCGACAAAUUCGAGUAUGAGGGUAUCUCUCUUGGAAGGAUCUGUCGUGAUUUGGACCAAACAGAUUAAAAAUGUUUUAAAACAAGACCCUGAAGAUCUUCUGAAGCAAGGACUUUACCCAACACCCGAUGCAGAAAUCGACUUUUGGAAGCUUAAAGCUGCCAACCUUAAUUCAAUCUUUGACCAACUUCAGUCCGCAAAUGUACGGAAAAUUCUAAUGGCAUUAGAUCGAUCGAAAAGCACGUAUUGUACCACUUUUGCUCGGCUUUGUAAAGAAGUUUUCACCGCUCGAAUCGAAGCGAAUGAUAAUAUGAAGUAUCUUCGAACACUUGAGGAGUGGUUUAUACGAUUGAAUAAUGACGAAGAUUUUCCUGCUCUAAUAGAGCUCUUUAAGCCCAUGCUUCACAUCAUUCUCUUGAUUUGGAAAAACUCAAAAUAUUACAACACAUCAGCUCGUCUUGUUGUUCUGAUGCGUGAGAUCUGCAACUCGCUUAUCAAUCAAGCGCGUAAAUACUUGAGUGGCGAGCUCAUUUUUGCUCUCAUUGAUCAAGACGAAGCAGGACAAGCUGUGGAACAGCUCAAGAUUACAAUCCAAGUAUGUUCAGCUUUUAAAAGCACUUACUUGGACUACAAAGCGACUGCAAAUGCGGAAUGUCCUUCCAACCCAUGGCGUAUUCAAGGCAAUGCGCUCUUUGUUCGUCUUGAUACGUUUCUUGAACGUUGUCACGAUAUUCUCGAUCUCACUCAGACAAUUUUACAGUUUAGUAAACUUUCCAAGAUCGAAGUGGGUGGUACCAAGGGAAAGACCUUAACAUUGAGCGUGCAGCAAAUCCAUUCUGACUUUACAGAUGCUGUGAACACGUUUAAACGUGUCUCUAAGGAUAUUAUGGACGUUGGGGCUGUUAGAUUCGACGACAAUUUUUACGAUUUUCGCUGCAAAAUUAAAGAACUUGAACGUCGUCUCGGAUCAGUGCUCACCCAAGGCUUUGAUGACUGCUCUACUAUCAUCGGCCGCUUUAAACUUCUCGAUUCGUUUGAAGGUCUUCUAGAUCGCCCGAUCAUUCAAGAUGAACUGGAAAAGAAACAUGUGGCGCUUGUUCAGAGCUAUGGACAUGACUUGAAACUCGUCCAAGAACUCUUCUUACAGUGUCGUGACGCUCCUCCUAUUAGUCGAAAUCUACCGCCAGUAGCCGGUGCUCUUACAUGGUGUCGUGGACUUGUUGAACGAAUUGAACAUCCGAUGAAAAAACUUCGCGAAUUAAACCAAAAUGUCAUGGAGCGAGAAGAAGCGAAAGAAGUGUACAAAGUUUAUGGGACAAUCAUGGCAUCUUUGCAAGAGUAUGAGAAUCAAAAAGUGGAAGAAUGGAGUCGAGACGUCGAAGCGUCUUCCGAAGUGAAGCUUAAGCUGCCACUCCUGAUACGUCAUCCUCAAACUCGCUGUUUACGUGUAAACUUUGACCCGGCAUUAGAAAAAUUGUUGCGUGAAAUUAAGUACUUGAAAUUGCUUCAUAUUAAUGUUCCACCUUCCGCUCUCCAGAUCUCGGCCAAAGAAGAGACUUUUCGAAAGUAUCGAGAAGAACUCAUGUACAUUGUCGAACCGUAUAAUGCCAUGAUUGAAGGCAUUCAUCCUUUAGAAGAGCCUUUAGUGCGUCGACAUAUUCAAACUAUUGAUGCCUGCGCUGGACGAGGAAUCAAAGAUCUGAAUUGGAAGAGUUCAGGAAUUGACACGUUUAUCGAAGAGUGCCGGAAGGCGGUGGAAGGUGCGAAUGAAAUCGUGAUGAAUCUCAAAGAAAAUCUGGGCGUUAUUCAAGAUACACUUAGUGCGUGGAAUGUUUCACUCUUAGAACGUCAAGCAAAGCCUGUAGCUGUAACUGAACAUGAGCGUCAGCACAAGAGUUACAUUAUCCAGCGGACUUUAAAGAUCCGUGAAGGUGCGACUGAGAUUCACCGACGUUUGAAGCAAUCACAUUCGGGCAUUGUUGGCGUUAAUAGUGCACAGUGGAAAGCUUAUGUUGAUUAUGUGAAUAACAUUGUUGUGAAUGGACUUGCACGCGUCAUUUGUUCAUCGCUUGAGUUCCUUGCCAAGCAAUUAGACCCAACAGGAGGCAAAGACGAUCGAGAGAUGUUAGGAUCCAAAUCCAGCAAUAAUUCUGCGAAUCGCUUACCAAUGCUCGAGAUCAAACUUGAUCUCAUUGCCAAUAGUGUGCAAUUUAAUCCAAGUAUUGGUGAAAAUCAUGGCAAAGGACUCAGUGACACAAUUCAAAUGUGGAUCAACUCAUUCUUUAAUGUCGUAACAGCGGUCAAGCGACUUGAUUCGGAUGGUGGAGGAUCAUAUUUAAAAGAAAUGAAUUCAGAUAUGGCGAUCUCAAUGCUGCUAGCGACGAUUAGUGAUUAUGAAGAAGAAAAUGAAGCAAUGCUUUUGACAUUCAAACGAAAGUAUGACGGAUACAAAUAUCUCUGGGAGUCCGACAUGUCUGCUCAAUUUCAAACUUUUCUGGCUACUGCAACGAUACCAAGCACUCAUGAGAACGCAGAGAUGUUAAACCUAGCCAAGUUUGAUACGGAAAUUACAAAAUACGAACAAGUGGCGAGUGAAAUUGAAAAUCUGACGACACCUACUGACAUUGGCUGGCUUCGUGUAAACUCACAGCCAAUCAAGACAGCAAUGCUUACGUGGGUGAGUAAGUGGAUUUAUCAGCUCACGUCGUAUCUGUACCAGCAUGUCGUCAGCAGAUUAUCGGAACUUCAUGACUUCAUGGAGACUGUAAUCGGAGGAUUGGAGGAACAAGUAGCAGAGAAGAACAAUGAUGCAUUAAAACGAGUGAUGACCCACAUUCGAGAUGUUCGAAAGCAAAUGGGCGCAACAAACGAGUUCUUUGAUCCUUUACGAGAAGCGUUGCAUUUACUUAAAAUACAUGGUAUGAAUGUUGAAGAUACAAAGAUUGGUGAGCAUGCUGUUCAAGAUUAUUUAGAGGCCGCUCCAAUGCAAUGGGAAGCGACUGUCAACAAGAUGUUUAAGAAAAAAGAAGAAAUUAUGCCAUUGCAAAUGGCUGAAGUCGAGUCAAUUAAGGAGGAGCUAGAGUCCUUUUUUCUGGAUAUGCGAAAAUUUCGUAAUGUCUUUCGAGCGACGGCACCUUUUAGCUUUCAAGGGUCUCCAAAUGAUGCGUACAUACAAAUCAACACCUUUGCGUUGGCAUUACAUAAUAAGAUGCAACAAGCUCGUGAGUUUAACGAAUUGGAAGAACUAUUUGAGCUUCAAGUUUCGAAGUACCAAGAGACGGCGGAUACACUGUACGAAUUGCAACAGCUUAAAAAGUGCUGGGAUUUAAAAGAUUUGGUCUUAGCGACAUUUGAUAAUUGGAAAACAAUCAUGUGGACGAGUAUUCAAACCGAUACGUUCGAAGGAUACACUCGAGCAUUUAUGAAGCAACUGAAGAUGGAAGCAUCCGAAAACCAGAUUGUUAAAGGCUGGCAAGUAUACAAAGAUACUGAACAGAUCGUUAAAAAUAUGGCAACAGUGCUACCAUUAAUCAAUGAUUUGCAUUCGGAAGCGAUGCAAAAUCGUCAUUGGAAAGCGCUGUCUACCAUUUGUCAUGUUAAGGCUAUUGAUCCAAAAGAUCCGAAGCUUAGCUUUGCUGAUCUUUUAAAACUUGAUCUCCACUUGCAUGUGGAUGACGUGGGUGAAAUUGUUGAGACAGCAAAUAAAGAAAAAAAGAUUGAAAAAAAGUUAAAAGUGAUCGAAGAAUUGUGGCAAAGGCUAACUCUUGAAUACGUACCUCACAAAGAUUCGGGCACUUUUAUCGUUAAACCUUCAGAAGAAGUAGUCGAGUCUCUCGAAAGCAACCAACUUGAAUUACAGACGAUGAUCGGGAUGGGAAAGUUUGUCGAGUUUUUCAAAGAUCGUGUACUGGCUUCUCAGAAAAUAUUGGGUCAUGUCGAAGAAGUGUUAAGAGAAUGGGUAUCGGUUUCGAAACAAUGGGCUUCACUUGAAAGCAUCUUUUUGAGCUCGCCAGAUAUUCGGAAUCAGCUACCUGACGAUACCCGAACAUUCGAGUCUAUUGAUUCAAAUUUCAAGGAUUUAAUGAAAAAUGCAAUAAUGGAACCGAAUGUUGUUGCAGCCUGUUCAGUUGAUAAUCGUCUAGAGUCACUGAAAGAGAUGACGUCAAUGCUUGAAAAAUGUCAGAAAUCGUUAAACGAAUAUCUGGACAAGAAAAAAAAGAUUUUUCCUCGCUUUUACUUUGUAUCAAAUGUGGCACUGCUCGAGAUUUUAUCUAAUGGCAACAGUCCAAAGAAAAUCAUGCCGUUUCUUGGCGAUUGCUAUGAUUCACUGUGUAAUCUCAUUUUUGAAGACAACUCACCAAACACUGCACAUACAAUGGUAGCAAAAGAUGGCGAGGAGGUCAAGUUACCAAAAGUAUUUGUCAUGGCUGGUGCCGUUGAAAGCUGGCUUAAUGAAUUGACUGAAGCAAUGCGACAUUGUUUACGGAAAGAAAUGCACGACGCGGUUGAAACUGCUGCAAAUUGGGACGUUGACAAACCGCGUCAUCAAUGGCUCUUUGAUUAUCCAGCGCAAGUCGUACUGAACGCGACUCAAAUUUACUGGACAGAAGAAACUGAAAUGGCAUUGGAAGAAUUCGAAAAUGGACAGGAAGAUUCGGUUAAGAGAUACUUAACAGUCUGCAAUCAACGCUUAGAACAACUUAUCACUUUGGUGUUAGGAAAUCUGUCGAAUUCAGAUCGUUGCAAGAUCAUCGCGUUGAUUACGCUUGAUGUUCACUCUCGUGAUGUUGUAAAAAAGCUCGUUGAUGAAAAGGUCGAAGGACCACUAAGUUUUAUGUGGCAACAGCAACUUCGAUUUAUUUGGCGACAAGAGAAUUACGAUGUUGAUAUUCGCAUCACCGACUUUCGUUCCAAGUAUUCUUAUGAAUGGAUUGGAAACACUGGUCGUCUAGUUAUCACUCCACUGACUGAUCGCUGUUAUAUUACACUAACAAUGGCGUUAAGACUGUUUUUAGGAGGAGCUCCUGCUGGUCCUGCAGGGACUGGAAAGACCGAGACAACAAAAGAUUUGGCGCGAGCAAUGGCCUUAUGUUGCUAUGUCUUUAAUUGUUCAGAUCAAAUGAAUUACCAAACUAUGGCCGAUAUCUUUCGUGGAUUGUGCCAAACUGGUACUUGGGGUUGCUUUGAUGAAUUUAAUCGCAUUAACAUUGAAGUCUUAAGUGUCGUGGCUACUCAAGUCAAGUGUAUUCAAGAUGCUAUUGUACUCAACGCUGUUCCUGGAAAUCGCGAACCAAAGUACCAGUCUCUACCUGCUGGGACACCACCUGUUAUUGUUGGCGAGUUUGAAUUUAUGGGAGCUUCUGAUCGCAUCACGCUUAUUCCAACAUGUGGCUUUUUCAUUACAAUGAAUCCUGGCUACGCUGGUCGUACCGAGUUGCCAGAAAAUCUCAAAGUGCUCUUUCGAUCUUGUGCGAUGAUUCGACCCGAUUUGAAGCCAAUUUGUGAAAACAUGCUCAUGUCGGAAGGAUUUCAGCAAGCUCGUACAUUGGCUAUCAAGUUUGUGACACUUUACGAGCUAAGUAGCGAGCUCUUGUCGAAACAAUUUCACUAUGAUUGGGGUCUUCGAGCUGUAAAGUCUGUGCUUCGUGUUGCUGGAAUUUUAAAACGCGCUGAACCGGAUGUUGAGGAAGAUAAAGUGCUGAUGCGAGCAUUACGAGAUUUUAAUACGCCAAAGAUCCCGUAUCACGAUACACCAAUCUUUCUUCGUUUGAUAAACGAUCUCUUUAUUGGCGUGGAAGUGGCUCCAAAGGUAAACUUGGGGCUACGAGAUAAGGCAGUAACAGAAUUAAUUGAUGUGCGACACUCUGUCAUGCUUCUUGGUCCAGCAGGAUGUGCGAAGACUACAACGUGGCAAGCUUUGGCUAAGUGUUGGAAUCUUGGAAAAGACAAGAAAGUUUGUGUAUAUGAGACGUUGAAUCCUAAAGCUGUUACUUCAGACGAACUGUAUGGAUACAUGACAUUGUCUAAGGAUUGGAAAGAUGGAGUGUUAUCGAUUAUUAUGCGUGGUAUGGCCAAAAACUACUCGGAACAGGGUUUCUAUGAAAGUCAGACAUACAAGUGGGUUGUACUUGAUGGAGAUAUUGAUGCUGUGUGGAUCGAGUCAAUGAACACGGUCAUGGACGACAAUAAAGUGUUGACCUUGGUGUCAAAUGAACGGAUUCCACUGAGUAAUGCCAUGCGAAUGGUUUUUGAGAUUAAUUCAUUGAAAAAUGCUACUCCUGCUACUGUCUCUCGCGCUGGAAUUCUCUUUAUCAAUGAAAUUGAUGUCGGAUGGCGGCCAUUUAUGGAAUCGUGGGUGGCUAAACGAGAAGAAGAAGUGGAACGAACAUAUUUGCCAGGACUUUUCGACAAAUAUAUAGAUCCGAUCUAUGAUCUCAUGCGAAAAGGAUACAAGCAAGUAGCCCCCGUGCGUUUAAUUAAUCAAGUAUCCACCAUUUGCUUCUUACUGGAAGGGUUAUUGCAAAAUAUUGCAAUUGAAAAGAAAAGUCCAGACGUUAUGGAGUCGAUCUUUGUUUUCUGUGCAACGUGGGCUUUUGGCGGACCAUUAAUUGUUGAUAAAAGUAUCGACUAUCGCAAGAAUUUUCAUGAACUCUGGUGUUCAACAUUCACUACCGUCAAGUACCCAAAAGAAGGAUUAUGUUUUGAUUACUUUUACAAUCUCGAAUCAGGUGAUUUUGAAAGCUGGAGCUCCAAAGUCCCGAAAUACUCACCGAGUUCCAUUGGAAACGGACCAGCUGAUACGCCUUUUAACUCAAUUGUUAUCAGUACUAACGAUUCGGUACGCAUUCGUUUUCUUGUUGAGACUCUCGUUGCUCGUCAGCGACCUGCAAUGCUCGUAGGUGGUAGUGGAACAGGCAAGACAACAAUUCUUAAGAACUUUUUACGUGAUUUAGACGAUGAUAUGCUCUAUUCAACGAUCAAUAUGAAUUAUUACACGGAUUCAGCCAAAUUACAGCAACAAUUGGAAUCAGUCAUUGACAAACGUUCGGGACGAAUGUUUGGUCCUCCAGCCACGAAAAAGUUAAUUUACUUUAUCGAUGAUUUGAAUUUACCAUAUAUUGAAACGUAUGGAACACAAAAUUCCUUAGCACUGUUGCGUCAACACAUGGAUUAUAAGACAUUCUUUGAUCGAACAGACUUGGGCUUUCGAAAGGAAGUCGUGGAUGUCCAAUACUUGUCAGCUAUGAAUCCUACAGCUGGUUCUUUUGUGAUUGACGAACGAUUGCAACGUCAUUAUGCUCUUUUUGCUUGUAUGAUGCCUGGUCGAGAAGAUUUAAAAACGAUUUACAAUUCAAUCUUAAAAGGACAUCUGCAAAGUGCCAGCUUUGUAACACCAGUGGUUGCUAUUUGUGAUCACAUAGUAAAUGCAUCGAUAUUGUUACAUGAAGAAAUGGUCAAUCGAUUCCUUCCAAGCGCCACGAAGUUUGUUUAUAAUUGGAAUAUGCGUGAAUUGUCAAAUAUUUUUCAAGGACUUACAAGAUCAAAAGGUGAGUUUUUUCCAACUCCAUUAUCAUUCGCUCGACUCUGGGUACACGAAGCAACUCGCGUGUUUUGCGAUCGUUUAAUCAAUGAAGAAGACAUUUUGAAAUUUAAUGAUCGUAUUCGAGACGUCAUGAAAAAGACAUUACCAGAGUUGGAUCAAAUAGCUCUUUUUGAUGAUCAAACUUCAUCGUCUUCUGGCGUCGACGACAAUGCGCCAGUUUCCGUGAAUAUCUUCACGACAUUUGCAACUCCAGUUGCUGGUUCAGACAGUGGUUACAUACCUGUGACUUCCAUGAAGGCAUUGAAUAAAGUGUUGAUAGAACAGCUUGAUGACUACAAUUCCAAGUAUUCUAUGAUGAAUUUAGAGCUUUUUGAUAAUGCUAUGGAACAUGUUACGCGUAUUUGCCGUAUCAUUGGCAAUCCAGGAGGAAAUGCAAUGCUCAUUGGUGUGGGUGGAAGCGGUAAACAAUCCCUCUCUCGUCUUGCAUCUCACAUUUGUGGUUUUGAUGUGCGUCAAUUGUCAGUUACGUCAAAUUUUCGUAUUGAAGAUUUAAAAGAAAGUUUGGCCGAAAUGUUUAAAAUUGCGGGUGUUCAAGGAUUGCCUCUUGUGUUUCUCAUUACUGACUCACAGAUUGUCAACGAACGAUUUCUGGUUUAUAUAAACGAUAUGCUCUCAUCCGGUUGGAUUCCUGAUUUGUUUCCAAGAGAAGAUUUGGAUGGAUUGUUAGGAAGUUUACGUAGCGAAGCUAAAGCAAAUGGCGUUCCAGAUGCUAUGGAUGCUCUCAUGGACUUUUUACUAUUGCGAAUUCGUCUUAAUUUUCGUGUCAUCAUGUGUUUUUCUCCUGUUGGCGCUGUCUUUCGUGUGCGAGCACGUCGUUUUCCAGGUCUUGUCAAUUGUACUGUUAUCGAUUGGUUCCACCCGUGGCCUCGUGAUGCUUUAGUGCGUGUAGCUUCCAGUUUUCUCGAGAAAUUUGACGAUGUUGGUGACACUUCAUUGCAGCGUAACUUGGCAAAUCACAUGGCUGAUGUGCACAUUUCAGUCACCGAAAUGAGCAAGACGUACUUUGAGACACAGCGUCGAUACAAUUAUGUGACUCCUAAAAGUUUUCUUGAACUCAUUAGUUUCUACGAAGUAUUGCUGAAGCAGCGCAAAGAAGAUAUACAACGUCAAAUUUCACGCCUGGAUGACGGUCUUUCCACACUGCGAAAAACAUCAGCUGAUGUAGCAGAAUUGCAAGUUGAUCUCAAACAUACAAUGGUGAAGGUUGCCGAGAAACAAGCAUCGACGGAUCAAUUACUAGAGCAAAUGGGACGCGAAAAAGCCGGAGCUGAAGUACAACAAGAAAAUGCGAACAAGGAGAAGCUCAAGGCCGAAGCAGCUAGCGCAGCUGCAGCCGAGCUCGCAGCUGAAGCUGAAAAAGAAUUGAGUCAAGCAAAACCAGCCAUGGAUGCUGCAGCUGCAGCUGUCGAUUGUCUAUCAAAACCUGCUAUUACAGAACUGAAAAGUCUCCCAAAACCACCAGCUGGAGUCGACAAUGUCACGAAAGCAUGUCUCAUUUUGGUUGAAAAAGAAUAUAAAAAUCACAAAUGGGAUCGUGCGAAAAAGAUGAUGAAUAAUGCUGGUGCAUUCUUAGAUGCUUUGAAAGUUUUCAAAGGGGAAGACAUUCCUGAAGCCGAUAUUGCACGAAUUGAGCCAUUGAUUGCGGACCCAGAAUUUACUGCUGAAAAAAUGGCAUCUAAGAGUUCUGCUGCAGCGAAUAUUUGCUCUUGGGUUGUAAAUAUCUAUACGUUUAAUCGCAUUUACGUGCGUGUGAAACCUCUUAUGGACUCACUCGAGACUUCAAAGAAGAAAAAAGAAGAGGCUGAAGAACAAUUAGCACGUGCGAUGGGACAAGUAGCAGAAGUACAAAAGCGACUGGAAGCUCUUGAACAUACCUUAUGUCAAGCAACAGAGGAGAAACUCAAAGUGGAAGAAAUGAAAGAAACGUGUGAAAAUCGAUUGUUGUUAGCGGGGAAAUUAGUGAAUGGCUUGGCAAGUGAAAAUGAGCGAUGGGGAGUUGAGAUUGAACAGCUUAAAUACUCCGGUGUAAUGGUUGUUGGGAAUUCUUUGUUGGCUGCUGCAUUUGUCUCGUAUAUUGGUGCAUUUGAUCAAACAGUGCGGAAAGAAUUAUGGCAAAAUACAUGGUUUCCAGAUCUAGUAGCAAAAGGAAUUCCUAUUACUGGAGGAAUUGAUCCUUUGUCCAUGUUGACAACGGAAGGCAAGAACGCUAAAAUGAUGAGUGAAGGACUACCGGCUGAUCGUAUUUCCAUUGAAAAUGGUGCUAUUAUCACGAGCUGCAAGCGCUGGCCACUUGUGAUUGAUCCGCAAUUGCAAGGUAUCAAAUGGCUCCGAGAAAAAGAAAAGGAGCGUGGCCUUGUGGUGUUGCAGCUAAGUCAGAAUCAGUGGCUACGAAAGACUGAGACGGCAAUUGUAAAUGGCCACGUUCUCAUUAUUGAAAAUAUUGGAGAAGAGAUUGAUGCGACGCUAGAUCCUGUUCUUGGACGUGCUGUCUACAAGAAAGGUUCGAAUCUUUUCUUGAAAUUGGCUGGUGAAGAGGUUCAAUACGAUCCAAAUUUUUUCAUGUAUUUACAAACAAAGCUAUCGAAUCCCCACUAUAAACCCGAAAUCGCUGCUCAAUGUACGUUGAUUAACUUUAUUGCUACAGAAAGUGGUCUCGAGGAUCAAUUACUCGAAAAAGUUGUUAAAAAAGAACAGCCAAAACUUGAAGCACAGAAGCAAGAACUCGUGCUUGCUUUUCAGAAAUUCAAGAUCGAUCUUGUGGAAUUAGAAGAUCAAUUGCUUGAACGUCUUGCCAAUGCGCCCGAUGAUAUUUUGAGUGACGUUCCUCUAAUCGAAAGUUUAGAAGAAACGAAGAAAAAGGCGACAGAUAUCUCGAUUUCAGUGAAAAAGAAUCAAGAGACGGAAAUUGUGAUCAACAAUACUCGAGAAUUGUAUCGUCCAGUGGCAGCAGAAGGUGCUAUGCUUUACUUUCUACUCACGACAUUAAGUGCUAUUGAUCACAUGUAUCGCUAUAGUCUCGACUCGUUCAUCACUUUUUUUUACAGCUCGAUUGAUCGUGCAACACAGAGUGACAAACAAAGCGAACGUGUCUUAAAUCUGCGUGAAUCACUGCGAAUUACAAUCUUUACAUGGGUCUCGCGAGGUCUUUUUGAAGCACACAAGCUCAUCUUUCUCUCUCAACUUACGUUUAAUCUCAUGCGCCGUGGCAUCUUAGGUGACGAUGUGCGCGUUCACGAAACGUACAUGCAAUUUCUAUUGCGUGGUCCGAAAAAAGUAGCACCAGGCGGCGAAGGAGAAGAGGCGAAUCCCAUUGAAUGGUUGCCGUCAGCUCAAUGGAAUGCAAUUACCAUGUUAGCACAACUGGAUGAAUUUCAAAAACUGCCACAAGAUUUAAAAGAAGCAUCAUCGCGUUUUCGUGAAUGGUACAAUCAUGUGACCCCCGAGACAGAAAAACUGCCAUUAGAUUGGGCAGGACUUGAUCGCACUCCUUUCUUGAAGCUUUUAGUAGUACGAUGUUUGCGUCCUGAUCGAAUGACAGUGGCAGUGAAUGAAUUUGUACGUCAAGUUCUACCUAACGGAAGUAGUUACUGCGAUUGCGAUUCAGCCUUAAAUGCUUUGCAAGUGAUGGAUGCUUCGUAUUUAGAUUCAACCCCAACAACUCCUUUAUACUUUAUCUUGUCUCCAGGCGCUGAUGUUGUAGCAGGAGUGGAUAAACUCAGUAUUAAAUAUGGUUUUGAGCGUGGUGUAAGUUACCACAAUGUUUCCAUGGGUCAAGGUCAAGAUGUGUUCGCAAUGGAUCGAUUGGAAGUAGCUCAUCGAAAUGGUCAUUGGGUUAUCCUUAAUAAUAUUCAUCUCAUGCCUCGUUGGUUAUUGACUCUUGAAAAGAAAUUGGAUGAGUUUGCGCUAGAGGGUUCUCACAAAAACUUUCGCUUAUUUUUGACCUCCGAUCCAUCGAUGUCGAUUCCAAUCGGAGUUUUAAAUCGAUGUAUCAAAUUGACAAAUGAACCGCCUUCUGGAUUAAAAGCAAAUCUAAAACGAGCUUUUGUUAGUUUUCCAAAAGAAUAUAUUGAAGAAGCAGAAGGAAAAGUCAAGUCAAUUCUCUUUGGACUAUGUCACUUUCAUGCUGUGCUCAUGGAACGUAAAAUGUAUGGACCAUUGGGUUUUAAUAUGAUGUAUCCCUUUUCAUUAGGAGAUUUACGCGAUUCAGCAAUUUGCUUGCAAAACUACUUGGAAAGCUCAGCAGGUGGGAAAAUACCAUGGGCAGAUCUUCGUUAUAUCUUUGGAGAAAUCAUGUAUGGUGGUCAUAUUGUAAAUGAUUUUGAUCGGUUGUUAGCCAAUACAUAUCUAGGUUUUUACAUGCGUGACGAAUUAUUAGACGAGAUGGAAAUGUUUCCUUACGUUGGCGAUGAAAGAGGUCCGUCAUUUCUGUGUCUUGCUCCAUCGUCUUAUGAUAAAUAUCUCGAACACAUUGAAACGGAACUCAAAACCGAUUCUCCUUUAGCUUUUGGACUUCAUCCAAAUGCUGAGAUUGAUUUUCGUACAACCCAAUCGGAAAAUCUAUUCCGUACUUUAAUGGAAUUGCAACCUCGAGAUGCUGCGACUGGAGAUGCUGCUAUGAGUCCAUUAGAACUAGCAAAGCAAGGAUUAGAAAUGGUUAUGUCACGAAUUGGCGAGAAAAAGUUUGACUGUGAUGAAAUUUCUCGAAGUUUGGAAGAAUUAGGACCAUACCAGAAUGUUUUUAUUCAAGAAUGUGAAGCUAUGAAUGGAUUGCUGGCUGAAGUGGUACGUUCACUCAAUGAAUUAUCACUCGGAUUUGCUGGCGAAUUGACAAUGUCGGAUGCAAUGGAAGCCGUUCAAGAAUCGUUGUUUCUUGAUCGUGUACCAAAAUCGUGGGAAAAACUUGCUUUUCCUUCCAUGCGUCCACUUGGAUCAUGGUUAACAAAUCUUGAAGCUCGACUUCAGCAACUUGAAGAAUGGACGCAAAACCCCGUGGAUAUUCCACGUGUUACUUGGAUAUCAGGUAUGUUUAACCCGCAGUCGUUUUUAACAGCUAUAAUGCAAGUGACGGCUCAAAAGAAUCAAUGGGAGUUAGAUAAACUUGUGAUUCAAACAGACGUGUUGAAACGACGCAAUGGUGAAGUUGAUACUUCAUCACGCGAUGGAGCGUAUAUUCAUGGAUUGUAUCUCAUGGGUGCCCGUUGGGAUGUCCAGAAUAAUACGGUCGAUCGAUCACAUCCGAAGGAAAUGUUCUCCCCAAUGCCAAUUAUAAACUGCAAAGCUGUUGCUGCUGAUAAACUUGAUGUGAAAGGAUCUUAUGUAUGUCCGUGUUAUAAGACUGAGUUCCGUGGACCUACGUACGUUUUUUCAGCACAACUUAAGUCCAAGUCACCACCUGCACGAUGGAUUUUGGCAGGCGUUGCCCUCAUCAUGGACAUUGUUUAG